GGAUUUCCCCAUCCCAUGUUAUUGAUUGACAUUUCAAUUGUUUAUAUUAAUGUGUACUAUUUUUAUGAAGCUAAACCGAUUUUAUCUAAUAUUUAGUUUACAUGCAUCAUUUAGUUCCCUUAUAGGUUAGUUAACGUUGUAUACAUUACCGAUCAUAUUCUAUUUGAGGAAUAUAGGGCUAUUUAAACCGCUCAGUUCCUGUGACAACUUUCUGCAAAAUGUUAUUAAAAAAAGAUAAAGAAAUUCGCAAAUUAGGACCUGGCGAAAUAUACUCUCUGGUAGAAAUCAUACACGCCGUGGAAGAUGAUUGGAAAAAGUUCAUGUCUCUAAUACCUAAGGAUCUUCAGAAUGAAUAUUCCGAACUAAAAUACAAUAGUGAGGAUAUAAGAAAAAUUGAAGAACAUGCUAAUGUUUGUAACGAAAAGUGUGCCAAGAUUAUGUUUGAUGAAUGGGGGACGUCGGGCCAGAUCCGUCCAAUGUUGAGGACAGUGCAGCAAAUUGCAUUGAAGGCGGAGAUGAUGCGACUUGUUGAUCAUAUAUCAACCAUGAUGGAGAGCCGAUCCUCCCGCGGCCAAUGCAAGGGCCCGGGGCGCCGGUGACCACACAGCUUGCUCUUUUACUAGAUGAAACAACUGCUGAAGAAGUGACAACACAAAAUAUUAGAAGAAUUGAAGCUAAUCACAUCAGCACCGAGCAAGUACACAAUCUACCAAAUUUUGAACAAUUGCAGAGGUCCAGCUACGUUGAUUUGGACGUCACUACCACAGAAACUCAACGUGAAGGAGUCAACAAUAAUGCCUCAUCUGGUCACCUUGGGCCAGCAAAUAAUGUGCCCAACUGGGAUCUGUUGGCCAAACCUCCAAACUCACCAACCUUCUUCCGAUAACUAUUUUAUUUGUUCAUUAAAUAACUUUAUACUAG